GCGAGUGUCCAAGAUGCCUCAAUCUCAUGUGUUCGAGUUAGCGAAGAGAAUCCUCUGUAGAUGGGCAGGCAGUUGACGACCCUGGGGUCUCCACCGCGCGUCGUGUCUCCUAGGCGUCCGCCCCACUGGCUUCCCGUCCCUCGCAGCGAGCGAUGCCGUAUCUGCUAUACAGACUGCUGAAAGGGGGCACGGCCCGCGUCCCGGAGGCAAUGCCAGCGUUUGAGGAGGCCCGGCCAGAUGACUCCAACCUCAACAUUCCCCUCAAACAGCCCAAGUACUGCUAUCAGGCCUUGCAAGAUGCAGUACCAGCUCGGGUGGUGCUCUACCUGCUGUCGUUUUCUGGGUUCCUGGUGUCCUUCAUGAUGCGCACGGACAUCAACAUCGCGAUAGUUGCGAUGGUGAAGCUUCCCCCUCCACUGCCCAAGACCGACACAGCCGGGGAUGAUCCUCUCGUCUGCUACGAUCACAGCACCAUCACUAACAGCUCCGACGAGUCACCAGUCCACUCUCCGGAGGAAGGGGAGUUUGACUGGGACGCUACGGUCCAGGGAGCCAUCUUAGGAUCCUUCUACUGGUGCUACAUCCUAUCUCAGGUGGUGGGAGGAAUGCUGACUCAGAAGUUUGGUACCAAAGCAGUGUUUGGUUACUCGCAGCUCGCCACGGCAGCGUGUUCUCUGCUGAUCCCGACGGCUGCUGAUAUCCACUACGGAGUCAUCAUCUUGCUGAGGUCCAUCCAAGGAGUUGCUUCGGGCCUGACCUGGCCAGCCAUGUACGCUAUCGUCGGCCAGUGGAUUCCGGCCAUUGAGCGAAGUCGUUUUAUGUCUUCAUUUCAAGGAUUCAGUUUUGGGAUUGGGCUGACGUAUCCACUAGCAGGGUUCAUCAUCGCCCACUCUGGCUGGAGGCUGGUGUUCUACACUACGGGGACGAUCGGCGCACUCUGGUGUAUAUUCUGGUACUUGUUUGCAUUUGACUCACCUCACAAGCACCCACGUAUCACCAAGCAGGAACUUGAGUACAUUCAAUCCAACAUCGGCAACUCUGUGCAAGGAGGACAGUCAAUGAAGGUUCCAUGGACGUCCAUCAUGACUUCUCUACCUGCUUGGGCUAUCGGAAUUACAACUUUUGGCCGUAUCUGGGUCCAUUACACCUUCAUCAUCCCAGGCCCCAUGUACAUGAAGACAGUACUUGGCUUCAGUAUACAGAAGAAUGGAGUUCUCAGUGGCCUGCCUUUCCUGCUCAGUUAUCUGUCGUCCGUUGUGUUUUGCUAUGUGGCCGACUUCCUCGUAACUCGUAACCUCAUUAGCCUUACCAACGUGCGCAAGAUAUUUACUGCUAUGUCUCAGGUUAUACCCGGUCUGAUGCUGCUGGCUAUCGGCUAUCUUGGAUGCAACAUUACUCUAGUUCUCGUCAUCUGGUUCAUCGCUGUCUCUCUCAUCACAGCCUCGUACGCUGGAGCAAUGGCUAGCGUGGUCGACAUAGGACCGAAUCUAGCUGGACCUAUUCUUGCUUUUGCACAGACAAUUCACAUGACUGCUAGUUUUCUCUCCCCGAUUGUUGCUGGUUUCAUUCUUAAACAUAAUAGUCAAGACUCAAACUAUGUACAAGGUGUUUCCAGUUUGACAAGUUUGGAGCAGUGGAGGAAGGUGUUCUGGGUGGCGAGCUGUGUCGCUUGCGGAACGUACGUUUUCUUCCAAAUCUUCGGCACCUCCAAAGUCCAGCCGUGGAACUACCCUGAUGGCAGGAUUCCCGAAGAGGAUCUUGAACCCCUGAGUAAGAGGAAGGCCACUCGACGAGACAGUGCUGACUUUGCUACUGACGGAUGAUCCACGGAGAGUGUCACAGAGUCUUCGGACAGUCUGACAGUGUCGGUGGUCAUGUGACUGGGAGAACCUCAAUGUGACGAAGAAAAGUAGAGCCUCCGGUGUAGUCAGCGAAAUCACAUUAACAUGUUUAUUUAUUAUGAUUACCUUUUUUAAAUGUAC